CAGUGGCAUUUUAUGUUCUGUCAAAAUAAUUGUUUUCUUUCUAUUUUAUACUGUAUUUCCGUGGUUUUUGUUUUAUUAAACAGUGAAUUCCUUCUAAAUACGAAAAAUAUAAAACUGCUACUACCUAAAGCAAGAUUACAAGGACUAAUAGGGUACAUAAUUGCCAAAGUUUUGUGGUUAUCGUGACUUCCUUUUGCGCAACAAGGAAUUGUAGUAAUUUUCAUAUUUACAUUGUACAAAACAAGUUAACGAAGGCGAAAUUAACUUCAAAAUGGAUUAUGUUACAACACUCAAGAUAUUAGUGAUUGGAGAGAGCGGUGUUGGAAAAUCUAGCAUAAUUUUAGCUUUUACAACUGGUGAUUACAAUACAGCAUUCCCGGCAACCAUUGGAGUGGAUUACAAAAUGAAAGUGAUGGAAGUUAAUGGGGUCAAAGUUAAACUCGGUAUUUGGGACACGGCUGGCCAAGAGAGAUAUAGAACUCUUACCUCAAGUUUUUACAGAGAUGCCCACGGAGCAAUAUUAGUGUAUGAUGUAUCGGAACCAAAAUCACUGGCGAAACUGCAAGAGUGGGUUGAGGAAUUGCAAGUGUACUCCACAAAGAAAAACAUUGUGAGCCUAGUUGUUGGCAAUAAAAUUGACAAGCCCCGAGCGGUGACCCGAGCGCAGGGGCAGGAGUUCGCACAGAAACACAGGAUGCUGUUCAUAGAGAGCAGCGCCAAGACCAAGGAAGGGAUAGAACUGGCGUUUGAAGAACUUGUGCAGAAGAUAAUCGAGACCCCCGGCCUCUGGGAGACGGGUCCAACCAACUCCAACAUCCGCAUCGGAGACUCAGAGGAGGCAAGGAGACAGCAACAGUCCUCGUGUUACGAUUAUACUUGUACCAUAUAAGAACUUUAUCGCACCGGCUUUUUGACCUUAGUAUAAUAGUCUGUCUAGGUAUGUAUAUUUUUGUGUAAAAGAUUUUAUGAUUCGUUGUGUGCGUGAUUUUAUACACUCACGAGCAAUGAUAAGUUGUAAUGACAAUAGCACUAAAUUAGUACUAAACGGUAAAAUCUAGAUGAAACGGUAUGCAAUAUUGACAUUUAACAGCGCAUCAGAAUAUUCAUAAAAAAAAACGUACCUAUAUAUUUUGAUUGAAUUAAUAAUUUGGGUAAUUUGUAAGUGGAACUUGCUACCUACAUUGCUCGUAUUCACUUCAAUAAGUUUAGUGAUUUGUUUUUUUACCAUUUAUUUGUGAUACUUCUUAUCUUAUUAUUGCUUGCGUUUGUAAAUAGUGUAAGUUUGUAUUUAAUAUUAAAUAAAUUUCUAUCGGGAAAA